AUGCCCAGCCCAGGUCAUAGUUCAAGGUAUUCAGGCUUAAAUUUCUCACUCCUUCAGCCGCUGGCUCUGUUCCUUUGGUUUUCCUCCCCAUUUGCCACCAUGGGCCCCGCUCGCUGGGGGAUCUGCUCUGCUGGGAAAAUCAGCCAUGAUUUUCUCGUGGCCCUGAAAACCUUGCCACCAGAGGAUCACAAGGUGGUGGCAAUUGCUUCUCGAGACCUCAGCCGGGCUCAGGAAUAUGCCAAGAAUCACAGCAUCCCCAAGGCAUAUGGUUCCUAUAAAGAACUGGCUGAGGAUCCAGAUGUUGAUGUGGUAUAUGUGGGAGUGAUACACCCUUAUCACCUUCCAGUCACCCUCCUCUUCAUCCAGGCUGGGAAAAAUGUGCUUUGUGAGAAACCACUGGGCAUGAAUACUGCUGAGGUCAAGGCAAUGGUGCAGGCAGCUCGGGAAAAGAACGUUUUCUUUAUGGAGGCUUUCUGGACCCGUUUUUUCCCAGCUUCGGAGAAAAUCCGUUCCCUGCUGAGGCAAAGUGUGGUGGGAGACGUGGUGGUAUUACAUGUUGAAUUUGGUAUACCUCUGCUCUCAGUCCCCAGGUGUGUGGAAAAGGAGCUUGGGGGUGGUGCCUUGCUGGAUAUCGGCAUCUACUGUGUCCAUUUGGCUUGUAUGGUCUUCAAUGGAGAGAAGCCACAAUCCAUUGUGGCCACAGGAUUCUUGCAUGACACAGAAGUAGAUAAAAUGGCAUCAAUCAUCCUGAACUAUUCAGGCCAACGACAGGCUGUCCUCACCUACAGCAUGGCGAACCGACUGCCGAAUCGAGUAACCAUUAGUGGCACCAAUGGAUUAAUUGAAAUUCCAACAGAUUUCUGGUGCCCACAGAAGUUGGUCAUCAAUGGGCAGAAGGAAGAGUUCCCUCUUCCCUCUCCAUCCCAAAAACUGAACUUUAAUGGCAGCACAGGUCUACGCUACGAGGCAGAGCAUGUCAGGCAAUGUCUUCUGAAAGGCCUGAAGGAGAGCCCUGUCAUGUCUCAUGCAGACAGUGAGCUUAUUCAUUCCAUCCUGGAUGAAGCCCGGAGGCAGCUGGGAGUAUCCUAUCCUCAAGACUGUUCCUGAUCCAUGCUGGAGUUUGCUCUCUAUGCUCUCUCUUAUCCCAAGAUUAUUCCCAGUGCCGUGAACAUGGGGGUCAAUUAGUCAAAUUGCAAGAGUUGAUUACACAGUUUGGAAUUUGCAAAUAAGUUCCAAGCAGCUUUCUGUUUGUAAUAUAUUGUAUUUCUUCAAUUCUAAGCUGCAUUUCCCCCACAUAAACAUUUCAAAAAGCAAGGUGUGACUGGAUGCCUCUUGACUAGAGCUUAGAUCCACUUUAAAUCCGGUUUCUGUCUCCUGCAGAAUUCUGGGGUUUGUAGUUCAGUGAGACCCAGGACCUGUCUGGCUGAGCUGUUUAAAGCCCCCUCCCUAAAGUGGAUUUAAAGUGGAUCCAAACUCUUGUGUGAUGGCGUCAUUAGCAUCAUAAGUGUUAUAUAUUUCUGUUAGUGGUACUGUAAUUACUGUGCUUUUUGCAAUCAGUGGCAACUCAGAAUUGAAGAAAUAUGGAAAUUCUCACCCCUGGACAGCAAACUGUAAAAUAAAGUAAAGCUAACAUUGCCUUCCUACCACAAUUUGUUGUGUUUUUAAUGGUUUUUAGUGCGUAUUUUACGCCUUUUUCUCACACUUAUGUUUUAACUGGCGACUUCUCUGACUGAGCGACUGAAUAUUAAUGACGAUUGAGUGUAUUUACACCGAGCGUACCUACACUGUAGAUUUAAUGCAGUUUGACAUCACUUUAACUGCCAUGGAAUCCUGGGAUUUUGCCCUCAGUUUGGUGAGGCACCAGCAGUCAUUGGCAGGGAAGACUAAAGACUUUUAAAACUACAACUCCCAUGGUGCUACAGCAGUUGAAACUGUAUCAAACUUUAAUGAUCCAAUAUCUCAAUGUAAAAUUAAUUUUAAAAUGUACAUAGAGGAAGCUAAUAGAUUGAAGGCAAGGAGAAAACUGAUAUUAAUUUGGAACUUAUAAUAUCUUUAUAUGUACUAUUCAAAUAGAAGACUGUGACCCCUUAUUGAAAAUAUAUUGUCUGAGAAAUGAUUAUGAAAGAUUAAUAGAUGAAGGUAUUGCACUGUAUGCAACAAACACUUGCAAUGUAUGUAUAUUUGAAUGAAUUAAAAUAAAUAAAUAUCAAGAAAUAAAAAGCUGUAUCAAACUUUUAUUCUACGGUGUAGAUCAGGCCUGGAAAAACUUCGCCCCUCCAGGUAUUUUGGACUUCAACUCCAAAAUUUACUCAUGCCUGUCCUAUACCGGUCUUCUACACUGCCAUAUUGUUUUGUAACCUGCCUCGAGCCAUGAGGAGAGGCGGGUAAGAAAUAAAA